AUGGGCAAGAAACGCGUUCUGGUCAGCUAUGGUGUCGACAUCGACGCAGUUGCCGGUUGGCUUGGCUCAUAUGGCGGCGAGGAUAGUGUCAGCGACAUUAGUCGAGGACUAUGGGCCGGACACAUCGGUACCCCACGCCUACUAAAAAUGUUCGAAAAACACAACAUCAAAGCAACCUGGUUCAUACCAGGCCACUCACUCGAAACAUUUCCCGAAGAAUGCGCCGCAGUCCGCGACGCAGGUCACGAGAUCGGACUUCACGGGUAUUCACACGAGAACCCAGCUGCUAUGAGCGAGGAACAGCAGCGCGACAUACUCGACAAAACCUACAACAUGCUGACUGAAUUCUGCGGCAAGCCACCGCGCGGCGUCGUCGCGCCGUGGUGGGAGGCUAGCGCCGAGAUGGUCGAGCAGUUACUCGCGUAUGGAAUUGAGUACGAUCACUCAAUGUCCCAUGAGGAUUGUCAGAUGUACUGGUUACGAACCGGUGACUCGUGGACUAAGAUUGACUAUAGCCAGAAGGCUGAGACGUGGAUGAAGCCACUGGUUCGGGGCCAGAUGACGGGGUUGGUGGAGAUCCCUGGUAGUUGGUACAUUGAUGACUUGCCGCCGAUGAUGUUUAUUAAAAAUUCGGCGAAUAGUCAUGGAUGGGUGAAUCCGCGUGAUGUUGAGGAUAUUUGGAAGGAUCACUUUGACUAUUUUUAUCGCGAGUAUGAUGAGUUUGUCUUUCCUAUGACGAUUCACCCGGAUGUUUCGGGGAGACCUCAUGUGCUCCUUAUGCAUGAAAGGAUCAUCGAGUACAUCAACAAGCAUGAGGGUGUCGAGUGGGUGACAAUGGAACAAAUGUGUGAUGAGUUCAAGAAGAAGAAUGAGCCUCCCGCGGGGGCUUUAAUGCCUGCUCUUAGCAAAAAGCAAUAA